CGCCUCUUCCUGGCCGCAGCGAGAGCUGUGCUGGCAGCGGGGAGGCGGCGGCGCCCAGCUCCCGGCCCGCCAUGGCGAUCCGCAAGAAGAGCAACAAGAACCCGCCGGUGCUGAGCCACGAGUUCAUCGUGCAGAACCACGCCGACAUCGUCUCCUGCAUGGCCAUGAUCUUCCUGCUGGGGCUCAUGUUCGAGAUUACAGCAAAAGCAGCUGUCAUUUUCGUCACUCUUCAGUAUAACGUUACCAUUCCUGCCACAGAAGAACAAUCUGCAGAAACAAUCUCUCUCUAUCACUAUGGCAUCAAAGACUUGGCUACAAUUUUCUUUUAUAUGCUCGUAGCAAUAAUCAUACAUGCUAUUAUUCAGGAGUAUGUAUUGGAUAAAAUUAACAGGAAAAUGCACUUUUCCAAAACAAAGCAUAGCAAGUUCAAUGAGUCUGGACAACUUAGUGCGUUCUACCUUUUCUCCUGUGUUUGGGGCACGAGUAUUCUUGUCUCUGAGAACUAUAUAUCAGAUCCAACCUCUCUGUGGAGGGACUACCCACACACUCUGAUUCCGUUUCAAAUGAAGUUUUUCUACAUCUUACAGUUGGCAUACUGGUUUCAUGCUUUCCCAGAAUUGUACUUCCAGAAAACUAAAAAAGAGGAUAUCUUUCGCCAAAUUGUCUACAUUGGACUUUAUCUCUUUCAUAUUGCUGGAGCCUAUCUUUUGAAUCUGACCCACCUUGGACUUGUUCUCCUGGUAUUACAUUACUUCGUUGAAUUUCUUUUCCACAUAUCUCGUCUUUUCUACUUUAGUGAUGAAAGAUACCAGAAAGGAUUUUCACUGUGGGCAGUCCUUUUUGUUUUGGGAAGGCUUCUCACCUUGAUUCUUUCUGUCCUCACUUUUGGCUUUGGUCUGGCAAGAGCAGAAAAUCAGCAGCUGAAUUUCAGCACUGGAAACUUCAAUAUCCUGGCUGUUAGAAUCAGCGUGCUGGCCUCCAUCUGCUUGGCUCAAGCAUUUAUGAUGUGGAAAUUCAUUAAUUUCCAACUUCGGAGAUGGAGAGAGCAUUCUUCUUCUCAGCCUCAAUCGGUGAAAAAGAAGUUUGUCACAGCUAAAGGAAAGACUUCCAGAAAAGAAAGAGAAAAUGGAAUAAAUGGGACAGUGACCUCAAAUGGAGCAGACUCGCCUCGUAGCAGGAAGGAUAAAUCCUCGUAAAACUGGGUUUUAUUAAGUUAAUUGACAAGUGUCCCCAAAGAAUCUGCUUUUUACAUGGAUGACCCUUCAGCACUAGAGAUGUAAUGGAUUAAAGAAAAUACAAAUCAUGGUUUUUGAUUAUUGCUAUUGUUUUGUGAAACUUUUUUUAAAAGCCAUUUUGACUAAAAGAAAAGGUUUAUCUGUCUUCAAACGCUUGGGGGGUGGGGGGACAAAACACUUUUUAAAUAACAUUGACACUUUUUUAAACACUUACUGUGAUGAAAUAACUUCACUUAAUGAGGAUCACUGAUGCAAUGUAUUAUUUCUUUCCAGUUUUUGUAAUCUUGGUGAUAUAUACUGUUUUCCAACUUCACUUUUUCCUAGUUCUUCAAAACUUCAAAUAUAUUACGAAAUUGAAGUAAAAAUGUAGUAUGCAUUUUCAGAUACUCUGACUUUUAAGUUAGUUGAUUCAAAUUCACAGAUCAAAUUGGAAUUCUAGGACCACAAAAGUGAACUUAUUUUAUUUUGUAGUUGCUAGCUACAUGAUGUCUGCUCUAAGAAUUGCCCCAUAUCAUUAAAACAAAACUGAACUGAUUGGAAAUGUUGCAGAGUCUUAUUGCUCGUUGGUUAGAAAUGUCUUACAAGGAACAGAGAAACCUUUCUGAGAUAAAGCUUUAGCACUUGAAAAUUAGAAGGGAAAAGUGUAUGUCAUGGAGUUGAUUUGAGUAGCACUGUUAACUCCUGUCUGUGCUUUUGAAGUGUACAUAUCUUGGACAGUUACUGUGCGUUGGACCUUCUUCCAAAACCUGUCUUUCUGAUUUUAGAGGGGGAGAUUCUUACACUGUGUUGUUUGUUUUAGGUGGGGAGGCAUCUAAUGCUCCAUGAAGAGGGAAUUUGUUAGAUAAAUGGAUCAAGUUUUGACAAACAUUCCUCUAUUCUAAAUGCUUUGCCUUGUUUCGCCUCUGUUAGGAAAUAGUUUGAUUUCUCCUAUAUAUAUAUUUUUAUGAGAGAAUAUUUAAAAGCUACAACUUCUUAAAACUCGUAUAUUGUGUGUGCCCUUCGCUACAGCUGGAGGAAUCUGGAUUUAAGAUUUUUUCCAUUAUCUGUCUUUCAGAAUUGUAUUAAAUGUGAAGCCUUGUCCAGCUAAUUUUUCAAUUUAAUAUGCAGUUAAUGUUUUUCUUGUGUAUCCUUUUGUAAUGGGAACCAUUUGACUUGGGAAUGAGUUAAAGAUUUUUAUUCAGUCUUGACGAGUUACUAAAUCAGGCUUUCAGGUUAACCCCAGUGUUAGAAUGCUUAUGGAUUGAGUAGGAGUGAUUAUAAGCAAUCAAACUGAGAAAUAAACAGAUUAACUAAAAAUUGUUACUUUAAUUGAGUUUAUGCCCAACAACAACAAAAAAUCUGCAUUCUGUAUCUUACACAGUUCGGUUGCUUACUAUACAGAAUAAAAUUUCUAGUGCAAAA